AUGGCCUCGAAGGGCAUGUCAUGGGAGGUGGAGCGGGCCAUGCGGACCAUCUUCAAGCGUUGCGUGCAGUGUCCGACGACUACACCGACAUGUCCAGACUGCCCGAACGGCCAGAUAUGCUCUCUCGUACCACAGGACUGCAAUGCCUGCGCACACAUGGUGUGCAUUGCCAACCCGAGCCCGGCUCCGAAUUCGAAUAAGCCAAACGUGGGCGCAAUCGCUGGGGGAGUGAUCGGAGGAGUCGCGUUCGUGGCAGUUAUAGUGUUCGUCCUGUGGAGAUUCUGGAUCAAGAAGAGGAGAGAGCAGCAAGAAAUGGACGCUGAAUGGGAGGAUGACGAGAUUGCGCAGCAGAAGGGCACGCGGCAAUUCAAUGCUAUGCGUUCCGAUGCUGCGUCGACGAGGACAAGAGGCUCCAUUGCCAACAGUAUCCUCAGCCGGGCAAGCAACGUCAUUCAGAUUGCAUACAUUCCAGGAGUCACGAACCGCAACGGGUCGAAUAGCGUUCUGGCGAACACCCCGGUGCCACCAAUUCCAGCUCAAUACGCCAACUCUCAACCGAAGAGUCCGUUGAGCAACCAAGGCGAUGCUUUAUUCUUCCGGCCCGGCAGUCUUCGAGGAAGCACAUACUCUGAUGUUUCUUCGCUCAGUGCAGGGAACAGGGACACAAAAUACUCGAUCACGCCCUCACUUGCCCGGUCUUCCGUGAUGUCGGAUGUCUAUCGAGACGACGCCACUACGGAACCAAUGCCUGCGACUCAAGUUUUGCGGGCAGCACCGCGUAUGGUCUCGGUCAAGGGAUCACAAGCAACUUCGCCCUCCGAAUCUAUAGGAUCUGGAUCUCCACUUAGCGGCGCGCGCGUGAUGGUUGCAGGACAAGGAUCUAGCCCGAGUCCGUCGAGUUCGACUCGCAGUGGGAAUGCAGGGCAAUUUGCAAAAGCCACACAAAUCACAGUCGGCAAAGGAAAAGGUCGCUUCCCAAUCGCAAGACAAACGAGCGACAGCUCGCUUUCGCCAUCGGCCAAGCACACUCCAGCAGUGUCCUCGCCGCUUGUAGAAACAGCCGCAGACUCCGAUGACGAAGAAGCUGACCAUACUCGUGCGAGGCGGAGUCUGAUCCAGGCAACGUCAAGGGCAGCAGACCCGGCGCCACUGAUCCAGCCCUUGGAGAGUCCGUUCUUCGAUGCGUCCGAAACUCAGACGGCAGCCUCUGCGUCGGCAGCAUCACGGCCGAACCCGUACGCUUCUAUGUCUGCUGGCGUACGGAAUAACCAGAGACCCACUAGGAGAGCAGAUGACCGAGGCCCUGGAGGCCUAAGUGCAGUCAUCGAAGAAGCUGCCAGGAGAGCAAGCCAGGAGCCAGAGCACGAAGGUCUUGGAGGCAGCGAAAAGCGGGACGAGAGCCCGUUCAGCGACGCAAAUGCCUCGAGAUAA